AUGAAGUACUUCAUUUGGUUGCUUUACCAUAACAAGCUACCAACUGCUUACUACUUACAAAAAAUUGGCAUGAAUGUGGAUCCGAAGCCACCGGAUGAAGGGUUGAAACUUUACGUCGAUGGAUCCUAUGAUGCCACUUCUAAUGCGGGAGGGGCUGGCGGUUUGCUAAGAAAUGCUUAUGGAGACUGGGUGUGGGGGUUUAACGCGAAGUUCACUGCUCUAUCCGCUAUACAUGCUGAAACCUUAGCGCUAUAUUUGGGUCUCAAAAUGGCAAAAAAAUUACAGUGUGAUAAACUUAUUGUGGCUACGGAUUCAACUGCAUUACAAUUGGCACUGAAUGAUACACUGGUAGCUGAUAAAAAUUUGAUCUCUUUGUGCAGGGUUCUUCUUCAGGAGUUGGGGAUCGCGGGGAUACACCGUGAAGAUAGGAGGUCUAACGAAGCUGUGGAUACCCUGGUUAAGGAAGGUAGGAAGAAAGAAGUAACCAAGUUUUUUGAAGAAUGGGCAGUUCCCCUUUGUUUAUUUGUAGAGCUAUCGCAGUAG